AUGCACUCUCCCAGCCGCUUACGCCCUGGCCCACGCCACGUUCCCCGCUGGGACACGGACGCGGACGAUGAUGAGGGCGAUGCUUUCCUAUCUGCCACUGACCUGGUCAAGUCGCUGCAGCCCGUGCCGCGCCGCCCAAACCCGAACCGAGGCCGCCCCAUGGCCGACCGCGAACCCCCCGCUUCGGCGUCACGCCACUGGGCCCCGCCGUCGGAGUCUCAGCAGCCAUUAAGAUUCAACGACUGGCCCCUCGACGGGUCGUCCGGCCAUCACGAAGACCCGAGAGCUGCAGCUUCAUCCAUGGACUACCGCUCCAGGCCGCCCAAGGGAGGAGCUACCCCCAUACGCGGACCCAGAGGCUACGGAGGAGACCAAUUGGACUUCGACCCGGGCGUACUGCAAGACACCGACGAGUACGAGACCAACAGGGCCAGGGCCUUCCAAAUGGGAUACGACGUCGAGCCGAGACACAGUCAAGCUCAAUUGCAACGGUAUCACCAGCAGAGACAGCAACGAGAAUUUGGACCCGAGUCGUCUUCACAGCUCUACAGACGACCGUCAGCCCACCCAGAGCACGAACUUUAUGCUCGAGAGAUGCGAGGCCGAGAACCUAUGAACGACAUGCAGUUCGAAUCUCAAGGACACGCUCCACGCGCCACUCCGUCGCGUGACAAUGGAUUGAUGAGAGACACGCACGCUCGAGCCAUGCAGAGUCGACGCUACACUGGGGCACACAGCCCUGGGUUUGGGCCGAGAAUGGACGAUAUGGCCUUGGAGCCAGCUAUGCUGGAGAUGUAUUCAGAGGAGAUGGAGACAGCGCCCCAUACUGCAGCGCAAAUGGCUCGACGACGCGAGUCUGCACAGCCACAGCAGCAUCCGACGCGGCAGCGGAUGCCCCAGCAGAUGCCGAGAAGACCACACGCUGGUGAACGCCCGAACGACGAGGUGAUGGCCAGCAGACGGCCAUUCCACGAUCCAGACAUGCCUCGUGACCGACGCGGCGGGGACAGCCGUGCACUGUAUGAAGAGCUGGCUCCUGCCCCGACGAGCUCAGCUGUCGCGAAGAGCAGUCAUUAUGGAAACCUCGGGGCUACCGGUACUGGCAACUCGGAUGCCAUCGCUCGACAGCGAUUAAGCCAGCCGACUGGACGCUUACAGCUGACUAAGCGAUCCCGAUCGGAUGACUCGCCCUCAGCGUCGACGGAGGUGCUUGGCCCUGUAGAUGCAGCAAAGAAAACCGGCACUGCGGCUAGCACGUCUUCCGACGGGAAGGAAGAAGAAAACCUACCAAAGCGUCGCUGUGGACGCAAGAGCAUGAACUAUUCGUCCGAACAGAAGCGCGAACGCAACCGGGCAGCUGUCAAGAAGUGUCGCCAGCGCCAGGCAUUGAAGUUGGAGUAUUUGCAGCACAAGGCGGAGUCUCUCGCGGCGGAGAACCAGGCUCUGUCCGAGAUGCUGGUGAAGAACGCCGCGUUGGAUGAGGAGCAGCGCACGUCCUUGACCCGCGGGAUUCAGAUGGAUAUUUUGCUCAAAAUCAAGGAGAUCUUCACGCAGAGUCUGCCCAAGGACUUUGUGCUGGACGCCGACUCGAUCUGGGACCUGAACUCCGUGUUGGCCGUGUCGAUGCCGUCGCGCUGCUACUACGGCAUUGAGAGCAUCAAGGACUUCUGGCGCACUUCUCUGCGUAUGCGAAACAAGGGCAAGAUCCGAUCGUUCUGGGCCUGGCUGUUCCGCUUGCCGCCCGGCGACCGGUUCUCGGAGUUUGACAUCCAGCCGUUCUCACCCACGUCCAGCCUGUAUUUUAUUUCGUGGACCACCAAGUCGACGCCCCCGCUAGCUGGAUCCAUGGUCAUCAUGUUCGGCAAUGGCCACCGCGUGACGCUCCAUGUCGAGUGCUUCGGCUGGCUCAUUUGGCGCUACUUGCUCACGAACGAGCCGUUCCCGGAGCCGACGACGGAUUAG